AUGGCAUUGUUACCCCCUGACCCAGUUUAUACAAUCCGAAACGUCGACAACUCGCCAGUUUAUUCAUUGGCGUUCAGCUUUCUUCCUGGCGGACUUGAGAGGUUACUAGCCGGUUCGAAAAAUGGAUUUGUUUAUGCAUACAACCUUCAGACAAACCGUGUUCAACAAAAAAUUCAAGUUGGUCAAGCUCCUAUUCUCCAUCUUAUUCAUACAGAUAGUCAACUUAUUACUCAAGAAAAAGGUGGUAAAUUCAAAAUUUUUAGUUUAACCAAUUCUGGAUACAAGGAAGAGCAUGUAAUAGAUAUGGACUACCCUGGCUUUUGUCGCUUUGAAGCCAACACAAAACUCAAAAUGCUAUAUGUACCUGACAGGGAAUCCAGUAUUGCCAUUUACAAUUUUUCUGGAGAAAAAAUGGGUUCCCUCAAACCUGAAAAUGUUUCACCUAAACUAGGUGAUCCAAUGUGUAUUAAGUAUGUUGAAUUUUUCUGUGACAAGUCAUGCCUUCUGGUUGGUUAUGAAGCUGGAUGGCUCCUUUUAUGGGAUCUUAACACUAGUCAAAUCAUCAGCAAAUUACAAACUAAGGAAUGUCCGAUGUCUGUGGACUUUCACAUCGAACAACAGAAAGGUGUUAUUGGUAACGCCUCUGAUGUGGUGCAGAUAUUUAGUAUAGGGAGAAAAGACUUGAGUUUGGCCCACAAGACGGAUGUCACUAUCAAGAACCCCGGUGUUAAUAAAGUACAAUCACGAAUGGAUGGAAAAGUUUUUGUUGCGGGAGGCUGGGAUGGACACAUUCGUAUAUUUUCUUGGUUUUCUUUGCGACAGUUAGUUGUUUUGACAGAGCACAGGCAAGCAGUGCAAGAUGUUGUUUAUUCUACUCAAAAAGUUUCUUUCUGGAAUGCAAAUAUAAUGGCAGCUGGGGGUCUUGAUGGUGCAAUUACACUCUGGGAUUUAUACAACAACAAACAAUAA